CCAAAGUAGCAUUCUGUUAAUUACUCCCUUUCUAUAUUCGGAGAGAGUGUAAGUGUAAGUGUAAGUGUAAGAAAGAAUGUCUACCAUUUUUGCUGGUUUAGUGACUCUAAUAAUGCUGAUAAUAAUGGUAGUAAAGAAGCUAAAUCACUGGAGAUUUACUACUAAAUUUGGAGCAAAGCUUCCUCCUGGCUCUUUGGGUUGGCCAUAUAUAGGAGAAACUCUUCAACUUUUCUCUCAAAAUCCACACCUCUUUUUCUCCUCCAGACAGAAAAGGUAUGGGGACGUAUUUAAGACCCGAAUAUUAGGAUGUCCAUGCAUUAUGUUAGCAAAUCCAGAGGCCUUAAAAUUUGUUUUGAUGACAAAGGCUAACUUGUUCAAGCCUACCUACCCUAAGAGCAAGGAGAGGUUGAUUGGUACAAAUGCUAUCUUCUUCCGGCAAGGUACAUACCAUUCUCAAAUUAGGAAAUUGGUUCAAGCUUCUCUUUCACUUGACACCAUUAAGCCUCGCAUUCCCAAGAUUGAACUCAUUGCCAAAUCUACUUUGAAUUCAUGGGCCGACGGCCGGGUUGUUCAUGUCUUCCAAGAGUUGAAGAAGUUCACUUUCGACGUAGCAGUGCUGUCCAUAUUUGGUGAGCUGGACAGUUACUAUCACCAAGUACUCAAGGAGAAUUACGUCACGUUGGACAAGGGCUACAACUCUUUUCCCACGAUCAUACCUGCCACUUGUUACUUCAAAUCUCUUAUGGCAAGAAGGAGACUCAGCCAAAUCAUAAGAGACAUACUGAACGAUAGAAGAGAGAAAAGAUUGACAACAAGAGACCUGUUGGGAUGUUUAUUGAAUUUUAAUGAAAACGGGAAAACUUUAACGGAUGAUCAAAUCAUUGACAACGUCAUUGGUGUUCUUUUUGCUGCUCAAGAUACAGCUGCCAGUGUGUUGACUUGGAUUUUGAAGUACAUUACUGAUCACCCCAAAUUACUCGAGGAGAUACAGAGAGAGCAAAUGACUAUAUACAAAGCUAAUGCAAAUGGAGAGCAACCAUUAACAUGGACACAGAUUAGGGAGAUGCAAGUCACACAUAAGGUUAUACUGGAGAGCUUGAGGAUGGCCAGCAUUAUAUCUUUUACGUACCGAGAAGCAAUUCAAGAUGUUGUUUACGAUGGUUACCUAAUUCCAAAAGGGUGGAAAGUACUACCUUUAUUUCGAAACAUCCAUCAUAAUCCUGCUUUUUUUGACGAUCCAGAAACAUUUAAUCCUUCACGAUUUGAGGCAGCUACAAUAAAGGCCCACACAUAUAUGCCAUUUGGUUAUGGCGCCCAUGCAUGUCCAGGAAAUGAAGUCGCCAAGUUAUUGAUGCUCGUUUUUAUCCACCAUCUGGUCACCCACUUCAGGUGGGAAGUGGUAGGACCUCAUAGUGGUGUUGAAUACGACCCAUUUCCAGUGCCGGAACAAGGACUCCGGACUAGGUUUUGGAGAACAUCUUAAUCAAGAUUCAAGGCCAACAAAUACAGCUUAUUGGGUGGUUAAUCAUCGUCCCAAAAUUACUAGUUCGGUGAUGGUAUUAAUAGAAAACUUUGUAGCAAUGUAUCUUUAAUAAUUGUUAGAAUAAUUUUAGUUGACAAUUGGCUGCUUGUCAUGCCACGUCAAAUGCAAGAUUGGGAAUCGAUUAGGAAGUGUUUUUUUUUUC